AUGGCGGCAACUGAAAACAAGCGUGCUUUACCUCCAAAGGUCGCAGCGAUGAAGGCCAGAAAGCGACAAAAGCUUGAAGAGGGAAACGCUGGAAAAAAGGCAACCACAAACAAAUCUUCAGCCGCGGCGCCACCAAAAUCGGAAAAGGUGCGCUUGGAUGAUCUGGCCUGGAACGAUGUUGAAAUGCCGGAUAGAUUGGAUGACUUUGAAGGUUUCUAUGGUCUCGAGGAGAUCGAUGAUGUGGAUGUUGUCAAAGAUGAUAAUGGCAUCAUUUCUUACCGAGCCAAGAGUGAGAAGGCCACCAAGAAGAGAGCCGCUCCGGAGGCGUCAGACGACGAUGGCGAGGAGUUUACUGGCUUCGGAGAUGACGAUCAGGAGGAAGACGACAAGGAAGACGGCGGUGCCAUGGUCAUCGAGACUGUCACACCGCGAUCUGCUCCUGAACUUGAAGAAGGAGAAACUUGGGAGGACAGAAAGAAGAAGCAAAAGGAACUGCAGAAGCAGCAAUUGAAAGAAAAGAAGCAGAAGGAGAAGAAGGAGAAAAAGGAAAAGAAGCCAAAAGCCGAAAAGAAGCAAAAGAAAGAGGCCGCUCCCCAAGCUGAAGUCGGAUCUGCAACCUUCGCCAACCUAUUAGACGGAGAAGAGGACGAAGGUGCCGACAUCACCGCAUGGCGACCAUUGAAGCUCUCAGACGAAACUCUUGGGUCUCUGUCAAAAAUGAAGUUCCAUCAACCAUCAGCAAUUCAAAAGGCAGCUAUCCCCGAAAUUCUAGGCGGUCACGAUGUCAUUGGAAAGGCUAGCACUGGAUCUGGAAAGACUCUGGCAUUCGGUAUCCCAAUCUUGGAACGCUAUCUCGAGAUGCAAAAGGUUGCCGGCAAUAACAAGAAGAAGGUCAACAGCGAGGAAGAGGCCGCUCGCAAGCCUGCCCUGGCGCUGGUUCUCUCACCCACUCGUGAACUUGCCCACCAGAUCUCAACACAUCUCGUGACCCUUUGCUCGGGUCUUGAUAAGGCACCAUGGAUUGUGACCCUGACUGGUGGUCUUUCCAUGGCUAAGCAGCAACGACAAUUGAAGAAUGCUGACAUCAUUAUCGGUACUCCCGGACGUCUAUGGGAGAUCAUCAGUGGUGGUCACGGCGUGCUCAAGUGGCUCAAGCAGAUCCAGUUCCUGGUCAUCGACGAAGCGGACAGACUGCUUAGCCAAGGUCAUUUCAAGGAGCUUGAGGAGAUCAUCAACGUUCUUGACCGCAAGGAUGACUUCAAGGCCGAGGAACAUGAGGACGAGGACGAGGCGCCGGAAGUGGUUGAAGAUGUCGAGAGGCAGACACUGGUCUUCUCGGCGACUUUCCACAAGGGCUUACAGCACAAGCUUGCUGGCAAAGCCAAGCCCGGUGCUGGUUUGAUGGAUAAGAAAGAGAGUAUGGAAUAUUUGCUCAAGAAGCUCAAAUUCCGUGAAGAGAAGCCCAAGUUCAUCGAUGUGAACCCCAUCAGUCAGAUGGCAUCGGGUCUUAAGGAAGGCAUGGUCGAAUGUGGUGGCACAGAGAAGGAUCUCUACCUCUACGCGCUUCUUCUUUUGCACCCCAACGCCAGGACGAUAGUGUUCUGCAACUCCAUCUCUGCAGUGCGCCGUCUAACACCAUUCUUGCAGAACUUGCAACUACCCGUUCAUGCCCUCCAUUCGCAGAUGGCUCAGAAGGCACGUCUCAGAGCCAUUGAGCGAUUUACUUCAAACAACCAAAACAAGACCAACCACAAGGGUUCUAUCCUUCUAGCAACUGACGUCGCUGCUCGUGGUCUGGAUAUUCCGAAUGUCAACUUGGUCAUCCACUACCAUCUACCUCGUGCCGCAGACAACUAUGUCCAUAGAUCUGGCCGUACAGCCCGUGCCGGUGAGACCGGUUCCAGUAUCCUUAUCUGCGGACCUGAAGAAGUCGCUGGUACGCGCAGAUUGAUCGCGAAGGUGCACGCCAGCUCUGCAGCCGCAGGUGCUGAGCCCGCAAACCACGCAGCAAAGAACGGCUACUUUAUUCGUAGUUUGGACAUUGAUCGUCGCGUCGUCAGCAGACUGAAGCCGAGAGCCAACUUGUCCAAGAAGCUCGCCGAUACUACGAUUGCGAAAGAGAAGAAGCAUAGCGAAGACGACUUUUUGAGGCAAGCUGCCGAAGACUUGGGUGUAGAUUACGACUCUGAGGAGUUCGAGAAUGCACCUGGAAAGAGAGGUAGAGGUGCCGGCAGAAUCAAGAAGGAAAGAGAGGCGAGAACAUUGACCAAGGCCGAGACUGGUGCACUCAGAGCACAGCUGAGGGAUAUGUUGAGCACUAGAGUCAACGUUGGUGUCAGCGAAAGGUACUUGACCUCGAGUGGCCUCGACAUUGAUUCCCUCUUGCAACAACAAGAGGCUGGCGUACAUGGGGAAUUCUUAGGCACCGUUGCAGACCUCAUGGAGUAG